AUGGCAAACCAGAGAGAAAGCGCGAGGGCAAAUUGGGGAACUGCCCAAAAGAUUCGCACAGACAUGAUGGAGAAAUUGCAGGGCCUCACAAAAGAGCGUGGCACUGUCAAUUACACUACUCGGUUCGAGGAAGCCGAGCAGAACAUGGCCCAGUUUCGCCUGGCCUGCAUGACUGUGAUCUUCCAUGACUUCGAAUAUGCUGCUACAAAGAAGGUGGAACAUUCUCUGUGGACUUGUCACACAUUCUUGAACGGCGAGUAUCGGAAGGCACUGGGCCGCCUGAACACGCCCAGCCAAGUUGUACAACGGCGCAAGCUGGACAAGCUUUACAGGGGAUUUCUAAAAACGUCGGAACAGUUCUAUUUCGUCUAUAUACAACAACUCUAUAACCGGUUCUCUAUUCCUGAGUUGCGACAAAUUGCUUGCAAAUCUAAUAAACCUCAACUUGUUGAACUGGAAACGGAGAAUGCUUCGCCUCCUGCACCCUUGCGUACUCUGAUUCUAAAGUCAUGCCAUAUGACCUUAGUUCGCUUAGGCGACCUCGUUCGAUACCGGUGUCAGCUGUCUGAUAAAUUUUCCAAGGCCACGUUUGAGACAGCCUCUGACUACUACAGUCUGGCAAAUAGUCUUGAUCCCGAGGAUGGUUCGGCCCAUCAUCAGCUGGCCGUGCUACACAAAAUACCAGGCCAACAUUUUGAUAUCGUCUAUCACUUUCACCGCGCAAUAGCCGUCUCUAGGCCGCACGAGUUGGCGCUCCAGAACCUUGAGCGAGAAUUCAAAAGUCCAGAGAACUCUUAUCAGGCAAGAAAAGGCCCGGCCAAAGACCAAUCGCAAGCUAUGGUAUCCUGGUUUGUACAACUACAUGCAUUCUAUUACCACGGAAAAAAUUUCUCAAGGCAGGAUGAGCUGGAAAAGGAAGUGUUGCAUCGCCUUGAGAUUGCGUUCAAGAGUGAAAACUCCGACAACACGUUGCUGCUCAAAAUGAUCCUUGUCAACAUGGCAGCCUACGAUAUCUCGACACAGAAAGUCAACUCUUCAUGGACCAUGGAAGGCUCACAAUCAUGCCAAUUUCUAUUGCGAUUCAAUAUCCGCACGAUGCUCAUUCUAUCUCGGCUACUAGAUCGUACGCUAUGCGACAAUACACCUGCUACCACAUCUGGCGGUAAGGCGAUUGAUGGUGAGAGCUGCAUCAGUUUUCCGCCCAGCCUAAUCAAACUGCUCCCCCUUUUCCGAUUGUAUAUCGCUUGGUCAUAUGUGAGCAGAUCCGACCUUGUCCAGUACCAGGAGUACCUUGAGCCAUAUGUGAAGGACCUUUACAGGCUGCUUGCCGACAUACUCACGUCCCUCAAUAAAUAUAUCGACAUGACAAUGGACACAGUCUCGUCCAAGUAUCUCCUACCCGAAGACAAUGAAGCUCAAGGCAUUCGGCCACUUAACGAUAGGAUUUUACCAUUAUUUCUGUGUGUAGAAGAGCAACAGCGUUUCAGCCCCCCCAAAAGCGUUAAAAUACGGAAGCCCCAGCAGAAUGUGUUUGGACGCCAAUUCAAGCAAGAAACAGAGGCAGUCUGGCGCAUCAGGGAUAUUGUCUGCUGUGGAGUCUUUCUAGCAGGAAGCGUGAAAUUCCCCGUAGCCUUGACAACUCAGACCCAGCAGGGCCGCGACACCGAGACUUGGAUCUUCGUGGAUGGAACAACGGCUGCCUCGAAUGAAGCCACUUUAUCUUGUCUCCUGAACAAACUUAAUUUUGGAGACACCAAGAGUGGCAUAGAGAGCACCGUGGAGCGAGUAAGGAAACCACAACCAUCGAAUAGCAAGAAUGGACCCAUGGCAACUCCAGGGAAUGCCCCACAAGCAAGUGUGCCUUCGACGGAUAACAUGCCGAACAAGGGCAAAGGCAAAUCUUCAACCAGGCCAUCUACGAAUUACCUAGAUUCAGAUCUGAGCGAAGAUAGCGAGAUGAUCAACAUGGUUAACAAGCUUCUAGAUCCUGUUGAUCAUGUUCGUUCACACUCGAGCCAGGCCCAGGGAGAUUCAAGCUAUGGCAUGCAUUCCUCUACAGCAAAUGAGAUAUUUGGAAAUCUUGAGAGCAGCCCAAUGCAGCCAUCCCCCGUAUCAAAGGCGAUCCCGAACCUUCCCUGGGACUACUUUUACAAGCCUACUCCACAUUUAUCAAGUAAUCAGGAGCAAAACCAGUUGAUCUCUAACGGCCACGAUGUACCAAGGAGCGCGAGCGGCCGGUUUAAUAGAGUGACUUCGUCGCCGUAUCUCGAUGACCUCAGUGCAUCUUACCAACAACUUCCUACAAGCUUAUCUCCUCGGCCAAAUACGGGCUAUAUGCGUGACUCCCCAAUUCUAACCACAUCGUCUCCCGGUCUUUACCAGAAGGACUAUAGUAAUGAUUCGUUGGAGGACUCGCGAAGCGCCGUCCUUGACAGCUUACGAUCAGCGCUGCUCGCUCAGCAUGGCCUUUCUAGCGAUAGUUCAUCGAAUGUCAACCCGCUGAACCGUGCGAGCCCAGUUCCGACAUGGGGCCAGGAGAAUGGAACAAGUGAGCGUCUAUUUGCCCCGCCACGAGCUUUCGUUCAGUCGCAGGAACAAGAGCGCAGGCAUAUUAGUAGCUAUCGUGAGCGCUCGGUUAGCCAUUUGACUAAUGCGAUGGCUCUACAAAACCCACUCGGUCCACCAGGCCGAGGCAAACCCGAACCGAAGCAGGCGACAUUGACCAAUGACCCUGACCAUUCCCCCACGACGAUGAAAUCUGCUUACCACGAGGCUGACAACCAGUAUUUACGGGGCCAGGGGAGCUCUCACAACACGUUCUCGUCCUGGUCGCAUCAACCUUUUAAUACGACUGGUUCUUCUCCAAUUUUUUCAAAUCCUAGUAGCCUGAUUGUUGGUACGCCAGGAGUGGCUCCCGCGAACUCGGUGGCUUGCAAUGGUCAUUAUUACAACGCUACAACUCCGUUUGGCCGUUCCGGCGAUGGUGUCAACAAUAGGACGGAUCCUACUCAUUUUCGCAAUCAGAUGAAGACCACAGUAGGCACUUCUGAAUUUCCAUACGAUCAGCAAAUUCUACAGGCUGCGAUGAUGGGUAACAACCACAAGCCGCGUCCCAAGUGA